UAUGAGUUGUUUUAUAGGUCAAGUUAUUAUCAAAUCUAACGAAUACGCAUCGUUCGUUGCUAUACCAUUAAGUGUUAGGCAUGCUGGAUUUCUAUGUUCGAAAUUAAAGGGUGACGAUGGUCUGUUUGACGAUGUUAGAACGGAUUCAGGGUCAAUCGAAUAUGACUUUAAAGGCAGAAUCUCUCGAGCCAUGUAUUGUGGCAAAAGAGCUUGCUCAUUCUACAAAUUAUAUCAACAUUUUCAGAUGGAGCUUAUAUGCUACUAUUCAAAGAAUCCAUAUUACGUCUGUUACUCUGACGAGUUUGUCAAUAAUAAGAAUGUUGUUUAUUUGAGAAAAUUUCGCCGAAAUACCACUCCUUGCCUAUUAGAUAAACCUUUGCAUAGUUGCGGAAAUAUCGUUACGAUUCGCGGAAGAAACGAAAGAGCAAUGGAUUACGAGGAAAGUUACGAAACGCUUCCAAUUUGUUCGCAGUCGGUAUGUUUUGGGGAAAAUAAUGAAUUUAGAAUAAAUUCAAGUCUAGGAUUGACAUUCGUCAAUAUAAAAUCAUUACCAUUUCUUUACAAACCAACAAUUGAUUUUCUCGUUCCUGGAAUAUUUAGAAAUAUGAAAUUUCUUCCAGUUCUAUUCGAAUUUCAUUCGUACGAAGAGAAAGUGACAACUCAUGCAAUUCUUUGUAAAGUUGUCAAUUCCGACAUGUUGAAACGAUACGAAAUUGAUCAACAACUGUUUGAAAGUUAUAAAUUUUGGAAUUUAGAUUAUUUAGAAAGAAAGUUGAUAUUCAGAUGUUUGAACGGAGUAAAAGCGUUAAAAGAUUGUAGACGAGUUAAUGCCGAGUACAGCUAUUACGAUCAUCAAACAUUGGGAAUACAAUGUAUAAAAAAGCCGCAAAGUCGUUUAGAAUCGUUAAACAACGUUGAUCUAAGAUUAAGAGGAGAUGACGGGAUUUUAAUUAGAAAUCAAUUGAAUCAAUAUCAACAUUUUGUCGGAAGAUUAGAGUUUAAUUGGGAGAAUGUUUGGUAUCCAUUUUCAAAUAUAGGGUUUGAUUAUCAUCAAGUACAAAUAGCCUGUCAAUAUUUUCACUUUCGAAGUGGUAAAAUAAUGCCAUUCGAAGAGCGUCAAAACGGUACUCACGCAUUCGCAGUAAUUGAUUGUCAGCUGGCAAAUCAUCUUGAAAAAUGUAAAGUUAACCAUUUUAUGGAAGAUUGGCUUAUGAAAUUUUACAUAUCCGACAUUUCAAUUGAAUGUACUAAACAAUUUUUAGGUUGA